UCAAGCAAGCGUAGUCGCUAGCAACUGGUAGCAUUAGUUAGUUGACCAUUUUAUCAUCUUCGUCUCUUUUAACCUGUUUUUUUGCUCAAAAACUAAGUAAAUAGUGUGAAACCUGUUGCAGUUUAUAUUCGCAAGUGAAUUGAAAUCUUCUUAGGCCUUAAUAAUGCUGCUCUUCGUGGCAUAGGAUCAUUGAAAAACUGUGUGGAUUAUAGUGGUAUCAAAUUCCUAUUUUUCGUGGGAUUAUACGAGGAAAAGGAAGAAGAAGUUACGGGAAACGUUGAACGACGGAAUGGGAGCAAUGGAAUAAAUAAAUUUCCGCAAGUGCCAUUCGUUUAACGAGAGACGGUGCGGUAUGAAACGUCGGGAACAAGUGAUGUAAGCGCGAGGGAGAGUUGAAAUAACUCGGAUGGAAACGACUUGAGAAGAAGCAAUUUUUAUCCAGUGAUUCUCGCUGAUAUUAUAGCUAUUCGCUGCAGAAUUCUAACCAGUGACUCGAGUGUGCAACGUUAAUCGAUGUGCACCGUUUUUUAUAAGUGAAACAUACGAUUCGCUAUUUUAUUUUUACGGCGAAACGGGGAAGGGACGAAAAAAAUUUCCUGAACGUUGAACGUGUCGCAAUUUCCUCGGGAACUAUCCGCUCGUCUUGUGCACCACGAUCGCUCGUCGUAACCAAUCGUCACGCACUUGCUACGCUGUCGUUGAAAUUCUCCUCGGACUCGUUAGCAAACGUCAGAAAUCUCCGACUCCCUUUUUCUCUUCUCAUGUCCUCUCUCCAUUGAAAAUCACUCGUUCUACGUGAUUUAUGCAUACCUUCGUCAACCAAGGCACGAGCAGAGAUAAAGCAUUCCAGCGACUGAUAUAGCCACAAUAGACAAUGGGCAAAUGUACAGAGUGUCAAUCAGCGUGUGUUAUAACACAGCAUUCAGCACAGUGUGUGAAAUUGGCAGUGGGUCAGCAACCCGCGAGAAUGGGUUUAUCCUGGUUGAGGGAAUGCAACCUCGUCCUCGUCCUUGUUCUCGUAAUAAUGGUAUCAUCGUCGGCUAUCGAGCUUACUGGAGACAACGUGUGUCACGGACUGGAAAACUACACCACGACCACCAAAGAGAGUUAUAUGGAACCUGUCGUCGUCCACACGUUCACCUGGUGUUUCCAAAUACCUCCGCGGUGUCCGAAAUCUCGCAUGGAAAUGCGUCAACGAUGGCGAAUAAAAACAGAAGUCCGACAGAGAAAGUCAAUGAAAUGCUGCGAAGGUUACGAGGUGAAAAAAUCCACUGGGGAAUCCGUGGAUACGCAAAACUCAGAUUUCGGCGUGUGCAAACCGCAUUGCGAUAUUUGCGAGUACGGUAAUUGCAUCGCACCGAAUAUUUGCAUGUGCGAACCGGGUCGUCGCGGAGAUGGAUGCGCCUCUGAAUGCCCAUCGGGUACUUGGGGUGAAAAAUGUUCUCAGGCAUGUAAUUGCCAACCAGUUCACAUCUGCAAUCCCAUCGAUGGCAAGUGUCAUUGUCCGCCAGGAUGGCAAGGCUCCAGCUGCAACGAAAAAUGUCCUCCGGGUAAAUGGGGAGUGGAUUGUGAGCAAUCGUGUGCCUGUGACAGAGCGAAUUUCGGAACCGAGCAGUCACCAUUAGCACGACAAGAAUUAGCGUCAGUUUGUCAUCACGAGACAGGAAACUGCAUAAAUAUUCAUCACAUUAUCGUUUCCUCCGUACCAGAGAUAAUGACGAACGAUCGGUUCGAUCGCAAGGAAAAUAUCGAGCUGGAUACUCCGAGUUCCACAACUGUCUCGAUGGCUUCGUCGUCUACGGAAGCCGCGGAUCGAGGCCAGGCGCUUAAUACGGAUCGAGACAAUUUACAUGUAAACAGACAUUCCGUUGACAAAGUUAUUGGCGAUCACCGGAGCGAUGGAGUGACGAAAGACUUCCGAGAGUUCACGAUGGAAUCGUCCACGCCCGGUCAUUACGAUGAGUCUUCGAAAUCUUCCAAAAGACUCGAGACCACCUCGGACGAGGCAUUUUCUGAUACGAUUUUUUCCGAGAUCGGUGAGAUUGAGACGAGCCCAGUGCCUGUUAGGAUUGAGACGAUUAAGUAUGAUAAUUACAAUGUGCAGCAGCGAGUCGAGAGAAUCGACGUGAAAAAGCCAAGGGUCAAAAAGCCAUCGACCUCUGGACCGAUAGUCGCUGUAGUUCACGUUUCCGGUAACGGAUCGCCCGAUCACGAUGGUCCAAUGAUAAUGACAUCGUUGGGUGCAGAAAAAAUACCAUCACACACGGUCGCGAUGCCACUCGACGUAGCAGCUUUGAUUGUUGUCGGCUCUGUAAUAUCUCUUGGCUUGACAACACUCGCUGUGCUCGCGAUCCUUCACAUACGAUCAAAGCUUUUCGAGACUAUACGCUUGUCGAUAUGCGAUGCGGACAAACGCGAUAUAUGCAACGAUACCAUUCGGAGGGCAGGCCUCGAAAAAGGGAAUUCCGGUAGAAUUUCAUCAACCACUUCGACCAACGCUAUACUCGCCUGCGAAUACGAAACUCCGAGAUGCAUGAUUCCUGAGCAUCAAACAUUGACGAGAUCACGUCCAGCCUCGAGUGUAGAAAUCAGGAAAAAAGCGGAGUCGAAUUACUCGAACGAUUAUCCAAAUAUUCGAUUAUUCAGUAAUCUUCAAGAAUUAUUGGAAGCUCAUUACGACAGGCCGCCGAGUUCUUUUCGUCCUGCAGUGUUCGAAAUCGAUGGGGAACACGUUUACGAUGAGAUUCCUUUGCAGACGAGCACGACAUUCAGCACACCAAAGAGAGAUUCGUGAAACGAAGAAGCAACGAAAUCGUUCACACGAAUGCUGCGUAUUUUUGUCAUAAACACGUAAUUUAUGAUUGUACAAGUUUUUCAUACAAUAAAGACAUAAAUUCAAAUGAAAA